CGUAUUUUUUCGUAUUUCUUCGUAUUCGUCUAUACUUUUUUCUUCCAAUGAAAUAUUUAUUUUCUCCCGCGUCAUACCUACUAUUGUUGUUUUUGUUCUGGGUGGCGUCGGUUCGGCGGUGGGCGGUGAUUGGUCGUCGCUUAUCCGUGUGGGAGAGAGGAGAGCGGUAUUUGGAGAAAGGAGGAAGACGCGCACUCCUUACGACCUUACUGCGUAUUAUAAUAUUGUUGGUCUCAGAUUUCCGGUUCGUCGUUCUUCUUAGUUCGUGGUUCUGGUUUUAGAAUUAUUGCGUCUGCAAAAGUACCAAUUUAUUUUAUCACUUGAUACCAUAGAGUAAAGAAUAUACAGUAUCCGCACUAUCAUUGAUAACCUAUCGUCUUUCGCCAUUAUCUUUUCGGUUCGCCGAUUGUCGACGCCAACGAGCAAAGUGAGCCGUCAAGACUUUUGGAGUGGUCGGUGCUCGGUGGCCAGUAACGCAUCAUCAAACAACUCCACUGCACUCUACUGACCUGCAGUUGGCAUAACGAGGCACAGUGUAGAAAUUAUUGUUGGUCUUCAUUGCCGUCUUUCUCGCAGGACCUACACAUACUAACUCAUAAUGUCGGCAAACGAAAAGAAAGCAAUAAUACUAGCAAUCGACAUUGGAAAAAAUUCUUUACAGCAAGACUUAGAUGGAAAAACAUAUUUUGAAAAAUCUGUACUUUGUGCUUCAAUGAUUUUAAAGAGAAAAAUAUUAACUGAAAGUAAAGAUCAUUUGGCAUUAAUAUUGUUUGGGUCAUCUCGUACAAUUAAUCAUCUCUCAUCACAAGGAUGUUGUUAUAACAAUAUAGAAAUUGUUACUGGUUUAGGUCCAGCAACUUGGGAUUUAUAUAAAUCUGUUCAUCGUCUAUCUCCAUCAAAUUUAGCACUUUCGGAUUGGAUCAGUACUUUUGUUCUUGCUGCAGAUAUGCUUAAAAAUCAGACCAAAAAUGAAAUCUUCUCUAGCCUCCGAAUUGUUAUGUUUUCAAAUCUUGCAACUGACAUCGCACUUGGUAAUAUAGAUGUAAUAGCAACCUGCUUAAAAACGGAAAACAUUCAUUUAACCAUAAUAGGUAAAGAUUGUGAAGUAAUAAUAUCACUCAAUCCUGCAUUAGAUGUAUUUCUUAAGAAAACCGAGGCGACUGCUGUUAAUUUUGAAUUAGCUAUGCCCAAAUUAAGUUAUUAUAGACAAAAAGAAGUAACUGAAAAAUCAUGGAACGCCCCUUUAAGCUUUGGAGAAGUUUUUGAUAUUAAAGUUUUUGGCUAUAAAAAGAUAGAUGUAACUACUGAAAGCUCUAAUUGGUUAUUCAGUAAGAACUAUGAAACACAAUAUUCUACUGCAGAAAUGAAGAACAAUUUUCUUAAAAAGGCUAAUAAAAAAUUUCAAAUCCAUGCUCUUGAAGUGUGGAUAGAUGCAUAUAACUAUGGUGAUAAAAUUGUACCAGUCUUCGAUCCAGAAACAGGUAAUACAAUUUUUAAGGUCAGCUCUAAAAGAUGUUUACAAGUACUUGGAUUCGCAAAAACUACAAAUAGCCAAAGAUCAUUUUUAAUGGAAGGAGCAUCAUAUAUUUUUAUACCCCAUAAACAAGAUGUUAUUGCAUUUAAUGCUAUUUUCCAUUCUAUGGUUGAAAAAGAAGAAGUAAUGCUUGUUAGAAAAGUUGAUUUAAAUAUCAAUUUGUCAAACAUUGGUGCACUGUUUCCCCAAAAAGAAGAUAAUGAAGAAUUUUUUGUUUACGUCAAUAUUCCAUAUGUUGAAAGCGAACCAUUGUUUACACUUCCAUCAUUAGAUCCAAUUAUCCAACAUAUUGAAGACAAGAAUCUUAAAUAUAGUUACUCAGAAGUGACAGAUAUAUUUGAAGAUGGGAAUGAAUUUGUUAUGUCAGAAUAUGAAUACGACCCUAAUUUACAAUCUUUGUAUAAUUAUAUUGUUCGACAAUUAAGUCCAGAUGGAUUAGAUUUAAUGAACACAACUAAAAGCAUUGCAAAAAAUGAUGAAGGAUUUAAAAAAACAUUCUCACUUCCACAAGAAGUUUCUGAAAACAGUUGUUCAGAAAAAGAUAAUGAUACUAUAAGAUUUGUUCGUCAUAGAGAAUUGGACGUUUCUAAUCAAUGUGUGAUUACAGUAUUGAACCCGAUAGAAGAUUUUAAAAGACUUUUGAAAAAUGGAUUUGAUUCUGCAAUUGUUUGUAAAAAGAUGCAAUACAUAACUCUAAACUUCAUAGAGCGUAGUAAAAAUCUAGAAGAUUUAAUCAAACCAGUAUCAACUUUGAAGGCCUUAAGAGAAUAUUAUAUUGCCAAUGAUGAUGUGAAGUCUUAUAAUAAUUUUAUGCAUCUCGUAAAAGAUGCAGUUCUGAUAACUAGUAAAGAAGAUAUGUGGCCAAAAUUCAUUGAGAGUGGAAUAGAACUUAUUACAAAGGAAGAAAUAGAAACAAGUGAUAUUUCACAAGAAUCAGCUGAAGAAUUUAAAAUAAUAUCAGGAGGUUUGGGCAUUGAAUUUAUUAUGGAUGAAAUUAAUCCACCGAUAGAAUUUGUGUAAAUGGAAACAAGUAGAACUAUAUAGUAUAAAAAUAUACUUAGUAUAACUACACAAUUAAAUAAUACAAAUUAUCUUAUUAUAAAUUAAGUAUGAUUUAUAUUUUAUUCUCUUUAGUAAAAAUCAUAAAAUAUUACUAGAAUUUAUGUAUUUACUAAUAUACAGUUUUAUAUAUAGCAGUGGUCGGUAACUUUUUAGAAUCUAGGGCCGCAUUCAAAUUAAAAUAUUUUGAGGCUAUGUUAGAUAGAAAUUAGUCUUUGAGUCUUAUUUAAAAAAUAAUAAUGGCAGUAUUGAAUAGUUGAGCUGGCCACCAGUUUCCGACCAUUAUUAUAUAGUACCAAAUACAAAGUAAAAAUGUAUCUUGUAAAUGCUAGAUAUUAUGUUCAAUACAAAAUAUUUUUUUAUUAUUUUUUAUAUUGUGGUUCCAAAAAUAAUGACUUCAGUGAUUUAGUAUACAAUCAUAAUAUAUCAAUGUAAAGUAUUUUAUAUUAUUUGCGACACAGAAGAUGAAUAAUAAUAAUUUUAUAAUUAUAAAAACAAAUUUAUUUUAACUAGUUUAUUAAGCUUCAAAUAGUAUUGUAGUGGGAAAAAUAAUGAUUUUAAAUGUGUAAUAAGAUUUUAAUUAUUAUUGUAAUUCUUAUUUUUUUUUUAAAAU